CCGCCCCCUAUGCCAGUCGAAUGUCAUCCAGCGUUUGCGGUGGUUGUCUAUUAGAUAUUUGUUUACAUAAAAUCGCGAUGCGCCAUCGGAAGUGACUUUAUAGUGCAAAGUGAACAUAAAAACAUACAAAAUGCUCGCGGACGGUGAAAUUGUUGGUGAUGGAUCAUGGAACCUCACCAUCUACGUGACGGAUAUGAACGAGAAACGUACCAUGGUCGUGAAAGGAGAUAUGCACAUUGGCGGUGUUAUGCUGAAACUAACUGAGAGCUUCGGUAAAGAAUUCAAAAAGGACUGGUCAGAUCACGCGCUGUGGUGGCCCACACGCAACAAAUGGCUGUCCAGGCCCAAGCACACGUUGGACCAGUACGGGGUCCAUGCUGACGCGGCGCUGCACUUCACACCCAUGCACAAACCCCUAAGAAUACAACUGCCAGAUUUAAGAUACAUCGAUUGCAAGAUCGACUUUUCCAUUGACACAUUCAGCGCGGUCGUGCAACUGUGCAAAAGUCUAGGAAUAAAACAUCCCGAGGAACUAUCACUAUGCUAUCCUUUGGAACCGUCACACUUGAAGCAGAACUACCAGAAUCUGAAAGAAGCAAAGAAACUAAAGUCUACACAAGCACCAGAUACAAACACCUUUAUAGCGGCCACAAGAGGGUCUUCGAAUAGUUUGGACAGAUCCAUAGCAUGUCCCGCAACACCACCGCCUCCACGCUCCUUGUCGGCUACUCCAGUGGCUUCAGCCCAGAAUGGAACUCUCAAACGUUACGGUGGCCAUAUUCAAAGCACACAGAGCGAUGGCUCUAGUGAUGGGGGCUAUUGCGGGACUCCCCCGCGAGCGGCGUCUUUGGACGCCCUGGACUCCUUGGCAGAUCUCUCACUUGCUGAUUCACCCUUGGAACCUGAUAGCCAGUCGCGGGAAUCGCUCCUUACGCCAAAGUCUCUGAUGGAGAGGGCAAGAAUGAAUGUUGGAUGGCUUGACUCAUCGUUGUCCAUCAUGGAGCAAUACGUUCGCGAAUGGGACACCUUGCAGUUGCGUUUCAAAUUCUACUCGUUCUUCGAUCUGACCCCACGUGCACAGGAUGCGUCCAGACUGAAUCAGAUGUACCAGCAAGCGCGGUGGCAAAUCCUUAAUCAAGAGGUACAUUGUACUGAAGAGGAAAUGCUGCUGUUCGCGGCACUUCAGCUUCAAAUCGAGCUGCAAACACUCGCCGGAGGUGGCGUAGACGCGAACGACGGUUUGACAGGGGCUGGCUCGGCCAACGCUCCAGAAGACGAAAUAGAUGCCGCGUUGAGCGAAUUACAGGUGCAGUUAGAGGGCGGACCUCCUGCACGACCGGACAUCACACACGUGCCAGAACUAGCGGGAUACCUGAAGUACCGGGGCAAGGAUCGCAGCGGUAACUGUGUAUUCUUACGGCAACGGUUCACACUGCGGGCAUACAAGCGAGGCUGGGUGUCGUGCCGAGACGGUGUCCUCAGGAUCCACAGCUCACGGGACGCCGCAUCGCGAGGCGACGCGCCAUCAUACGCCGUCGAACUGAGAGGCGCUGAGGUAACACCGGACGCGCAUCCAGCGUCUGGCAGAUACGGCAUAAAACUAGAAGUGCCUUCUGAAGAUACUAUGCACGAGAUGUGGCUCAAAUGCGAGAAUGAGGAACAAUACGCGGAGUGGGUGGCGGCGUGCCGACUGGGUUCACGCGGACGUUCACUCGCCGACUCCGCCUUCAGUACGGAGGCCGCUGCGGUGAAGACGCUACUGGCACUUCAGCGACCGCAGCCAGAGGCGGCGUUGCACAAGCACAGCGUACCACACCUCGACCACUUGCAGCCGGAGAACUACCUCGCGCCUCGCUUCCUCAAGAAGCUCAAGAGCAAGUUCACACAGCGAGUGCUCGAAAGCCACGCAAACGUCAAAGACCUACCGCUGCUGGAGGCAAAGCUCCAGUACAUCAAGACGUGGCAGAAUCUACCCGACUACGGUCAGACGCUGUUUGUGGUGCGGUUCAUGGGACAUCGCAAGGACGAAAUCAUUAGCAUCGCCAACAACCGUAUCAUGCGGCUUGACCCCAACACCGGCGACCAUAUCAAGACAUGGCGGUUUAGUACCAUGAAGGCUUGGAAUGUAAAUUGGGAGAUAAAGCACAUGAUGGUUCAAUUCGAGGAAGGCAAUAUCAUAUUCUCAGUACAAUCUGCUGACUGUAAGGUUGUACACGAAUUCAUUGGAGGUUACAUUUUCCUCUCAAUGCGUUCAAAGGACGCGAACCAAACGCUCGACGAAGAGCUAUUCCACAAACUGACCGGUGGCUGGACGUAAGGACCACGAAGUAACGCAAGCACAAGAGUAAAAUUAUUUAUGUAUAGAUAACUCGUAACAUUGUUAAGAAAAGGGCUUUGAAUAUUUUACUUACUUCUCCGUGAUUUUCUUUUAAUUUUCGGAGUAGCGGGAGUGCAAAAACCGUGUACUAAUCAAUUAAAUAACGAUUUGUAGCAAAAUCACAUAGUGUCAGCUUCCCGAAAUAAUUUAAAAAAGUUGUACAAGUGGCGCCAUCUGUCAUAAUUAAUGACUGGCUACCUCAAACGUACAAAUUGGCUUCAAAGUAUUGUUUUUCGCUCAUUGAAUUCUCUAUUUACAUUAAAAGGCUACAAUCAGGGAAAACUCACCUUAAAAAAUCAAACUUACCUACAAUAUACUGAAAAUAUAUGUUUUGUGACCUUUACUUUAAUCAAUUAAAGAUUUUAAACUAUCGACAAAUCAAAAAAUAUUAUCGUGUUAUGUACCCAUUAAACUAUAUUUAAGAAAAAUAAUCAAUCUCAUAUCUAAAUAGGAUAAUAUAAGUUCAUGUAAGUUUGCUUCCUUUGUGCACCAUCAACUUUCCACCUUUUGAUCAGCUUCACACUCUCAGUUUGAUUAAUUUAAGUGAUAAGGUCGCCUUUGCACCCUAGCACUUAGUACUAUCUCUUCUCCUUGUAUUGUUUAUUUGUGUUUUUUGUAUUAAAGUUUUUCUAUCUAUCUAAUCCAAAAUCUUCGGGUGGCAAAUUGAAUUUAGUAUAGUAUAGUGAAGACAUCUUCAAUUAUUUAUUUAUAUAGUACCAAAGAUUAAAACGAACAUUAAAAGGGACGGGAUGUGUAGAAAGACAAUUUAUCCCUAAAGAGAUCCUUAUCGAGAGUGAAAAUAAGAAAAAGUAUAGCACUACUAAAUUCAAAGUGCCUAGACUUGGACUACCAUAUAACCAUUUACUAAAAAUAUUUCAGAGCCAAAUCUUCUGUUUUAUUUAUUUUAAAGUUAUUUACUGAAGAGCUACAAUUUAACUUUGAUUGCUUAUAUCUCGGUAUGCUGACACUUCAGAAGAUUUUGAACUACAGUAUAACUAUAUUAUUUAUAAAUACAAGUUAGAAGGCCGCUUUUUUGGAAAAAAAAAAAAAAUCGUGUACAGUUCGUAAUCUAGGAUAUAUACUAUAAUAUUCAAACCCCUUUAUAUAUUAUUAUAGAUUGUGGAUGUCUUUGGGAAUGUGCCUUGAGAGUUUUUGACACAGACUUUCUCACUUGAUAGAAUUUUUAUUAAUGACAUAUAAAUAAUAAUAGGAAAAUAAGAUAAAAAGUCCCACAACCAGGUUUCCCGUGGGGAAAAAUGUAUCUAUAUUUUUAUUACUUAUUUACGAUUUUGAUAUCAUUUGGACUCUAUAUUUGACACACAGGCAGACAUCCAUUCAAAUGAAUAACAAUAUUACUGACUCUGGAUAAACUAGAUCUUAAUUUCAGUGCUUCCAUUAUUAUAUUUUAUUGCCAAAUGUUAUAUUGCACAAUGGACUUUUUAAAUAUAUAUUUUGUAUACCUAAGCGUCCUCAAAAAAAUAUGGACUAUAAUUCUGAAACAAGAGUGUAAACAAUAUUAAAAUAAUACUGCUAUAGCCGAUGGUAGUCAGCCUGAUCUGUGUAAAGUAAGGGCCAGCACACACCGGGGUUGCUUGGACACAGCAUUUUUGUUUUUACCCAAAUUCAAUUCAUAAGUUACUAAAUAAGGAGGUAAUAAGAUAAUGAUUCCAGUGUUCAGACCUGGAAAGCUUUAUGUUUGUGGUCCAAAGGACGUGGUCGCCGGUGUAAUAACAGGCCCAUGACACGUACGGCUACAGCUAAUGGUCACGGGACGGCAUAUUAAAGGACAUAAUCCUUGCAUCAGAUGAGCCAUAUUCUUGGUCCAUCAAUAGUUACUAUAAAAAAAUCCUCUUUGAUGCCCCUAACUUAAAACAUUGGAAUGUGUAUCGUAUUACUAUUAUUUAAGUAUGGAUUUACUUUGGCUAAUGAUAUUCUCUGCCGUCCCAGGUGACGCUGACCAUGUAACCUCCAUUUUCUAUAGUCUGUAUACAUCACCAAAUUAUAUUAUAUUUUAAAUGUCAAUUAAAAAUAAUUUAUAAGAGUGAUAUUUUAUGGAAAUUAACUUUUAUAUUUUAGAUAUGACACAUUUUUUUAGCUAGACUACGACUUUUCAUAUGCUUUUAGAAAAUAGAGUUGGGUCAAUUUUUUCACAAAAAGGGGCCUGUGAAUAUUGUGACAAUUUAAUCAGAUUCCGUGAUGCGAUGUCUUCAGAAAUAUUUUAAUGGAAUAUUCAUUCGUAAGUAAUUUAUUUUCGUAUUUUAGAAGUACUAGUAUAUACUACAAAGUAAACAAAAUAUUGUUUUCAUUACCAGGAAUGUAAGAAAAAAUUCUGAUCGAUUUACUGUUCGAUUGACAGCGUAAUACAGACGAGUCUACAAUCUACAUACAUGAAGUUAUUUUUUAUAAUCCUCACCCUAUUAAUGGUCCACUGCUGGACACAUGCAUCCUCUAUAAUAAGAGAGGAAAUUAGAGCAAUAACCCACAAUGCUCCAAUGCGGGUUGACGGACGGAUUUUACCCAUUUUUUUUUUAAUUAAAGUUAUAUAAAUAAAUAAAUUCUAGUUAUAUUAACCGGGACCGUCGGUUUUGCGUACUCUCUGAGGCACAGGGGUUGGCUCUGCCAAUUUCCUUACUCCGGGCUGGUACUGAAUAUUUCUAGGUAAAAAAAAAAUCAAUAUUUAUAUAAUAAUUAUUUAUUGGCAAUGCUUCUUUUGUUUCAAAAAUACAAAGGAAAUACAUGAUUAAAAAAAACUUUUUAACUCAUUGUUUUUUUUCUGGUUUUUUAAAUCAUACUUUACACUAGGGAUAUAUUGCGAGAUAAGAUAGGUAAGACAAAAUGAACUACACGUAAACAAAUUAUUUGACUAUUUUCUUAACGCAGAUGAAAUAGAUUAGUUCCGUAAGAAUUUAUUAACUGUAUAAAAAAAAGUGCCAUUACAUCAACACAGGUCUUGUAACUUCAAUAAUGAAUAAUUAAUAAUUCAAUAUGGUGCUUUACCUAUAAUAAAAUAUAUUUAGAAUAAUAUUAUAGAGUGGCCUUAAUUUUUACAAAAGAUUAAUAUUAGUUGCUUUUUUUUCUAUUUUAUAAAUUGUAAAUAACAUUAUACAUUUUAUGUUAACUUAACACCAGUGUUAAGUGGAGUUUGAUGGCAUAUUUCCAGAUCAUAUAUUAUGAAAAAGAAUCUUCGAUCAAUAAUACACUAGAUUUACGAUCCAAUACAAAAUGUAAAAGAAAAACUGACUGACUUUAGUUUUUUCUUCUUUAGUUUACAUAAUUUCAUAUUUUUACCAACUAAGCUACGGUUUUCAUACGGCCUUUUUAUAUGCAUUUAAAUUUAUAAAUCUUUUUAAAUGUUUUAAAAUAUUCCCCAUUAUUAAUAAACGUUGUAAUACGAUUGUAAAGGCACGUCAAUGUUUUUUCUUGUUCUUUUGAAUGUUAAAUUACAAAUAACAGAAAGAGAGAAAACAUUGUAAAACUAAUCAUUUAGCUUGGCAACGUUUAUUCGUUAAGAUAUUUUGAGUUGCUUUUUCAUACGUUUGUGCACUUACAUUAGUUAUCUCACUAAGGUUUCCAAAUAGUGGAUGGGAUCUUGUUUUUCAUGGAUACUUUUUGACCAUUAACAGCAAAUCUAGUGUACUAUUGAUCGAAGACAUAAAUGAGUAAUUUUAACGGGCCCCUGGCCGGACGCGUCUCCAUAAAAAAGUUAUCGAUAGAUAAUUUUAAUGAUUAUUCCGUAUCCUAAACUAAGUUGGAUAUAGCUUUAUGUUCACCAAAAUCUAAACUAUAUACUGUGUGUCUAGACUUCAUUGUGUAGGAUUUAAUGAGAAAGUAUAGCAUAUUCUUUAGAAUUGCGGAAAGUUUGAAUAAGAAACUAAUGAAACAUUAUAUACGGCGAAGUCGCGGGGAAUGGCAUUUUCUCAAAGAAAAAACGUUUUAGAAAUUAUACUUAUUUGGCGUAACAAGAUAAAAGUUUAUUCAAAAAUUUUAAUGUUCGCCUUAUUCUACGUUUGCAGUAAAAAUUACACUUACAAUAGAAAAAAGGUAUUGUUGAAAUUAUUGAAAGUCAACUGUCAAACCUUUUUAAAAAAAACUAAAAUGGUGUCGGAUAUUUGUGAUGGUGUGCGAGCGCAUCGUAAAAAUUUACUCUCACCAUUUUUCCCUAACGCGCCAAAAGAAGUAUAACUUCAAAAAUGAUUUUACUAUUCUGCAGAGCUAGCCUAUCGCUAAAGAGACUAUGAAUAAUAUGGUAGAGAUAAUUAUUAAUUGUUUGCAUGCUAGCCCUACUGGACGUAUAUAAAAUAUUGUAUGCAACUGUAGGUACGUAAUCAGUCAUUACGUAAAAGUUGCAUAAAUAGCGAAUAUAUAUUAUGUUAUGAGAUUGUUGUACGCAAACUUCUCAUUCAAACUUUUAGGAGGGGUUGAUGCGAUGGAGAUAAAUCGAUAUCUGGCUUAGUUAAGAUUUAGAUCAAUCAUUAUUACAGAGAUCUCUCUUGUAUAACUUUUGUUCGGUCAAUAAAAUACGCAACAAUAUUAAAAUUUAACACCAAAACACAAAAUGCGUAACUACAUUUGUUUUAUUAAUUGUUGACAACUAGUCACGUUAAAAUCGCAUGAAAUGCUGUCACGUAAAUAAUUUUUAGUUUAUAUGAGUAUUAACAAUAUUACAACACAAAUAUUACUAUAGAUUUAUUGUACAAAAUGUAUGUACACAAAUAUUAUUAAACAGAUUAGUAUGUUUGUAAAUGAAUGUCGAAAUAAAUGUAAAUGAAUAACAA